AUGAUCUCGACCCGUAAAAAGUCGUGUUCCGCAUGUGUGGCGGGCAAGCGGCGGUGCGAUCUCGACCUGCCGUCGUGCGGCCGCUGUCGCAAGUCGAGGAAAGAAUGCGUCUAUCCCUGGAUGAUGGCUGUCGGCGCCUCGGAGCAGGAUCUGGGCGUGGCCUCCCCGCCGCCGGUGAGUGUCGGAGCGCAACUUACGCAGGACAGGAGUCGCAUCUGGCAGGCUGGCGUCGACACCACCAGCAGUGGGAGCAGUGAUAGCAGCAGCGGGAGCAGCAGCAGCCACGGCGGCGGGCCGAGUGCCGUAAUAUCGGCGUAUUCGUCGCCGCAUCCUUCGUCGACUGCGGUGCCCCAGCCGCUGGUACCAUGCCUGCUGUCCCAGCUAGACGAGUACAUGCUCCAGAACCAGGACCAGCAGGCCUUCUUGUCGUUGGGUCCGGGUCCGGGAUCGGGAUCGGGGCCGAUGGACUCUCCGUCACUGGGCCGGCUCUCCGCAUCCGAGUACGCCGCCAGUCCGGAGUUUGUCUACUUUGACAUCACCGACAGCAUGCCCGUGACGACGGGGUCCAUCUUCCAGGCGCGGACGGAGUGGGCGGCCGGCCGGUUCGCGAUGCAGCCGCAGGUCCUGGCCAUGACGGGCCAGAACUGCUUCGUCCACCACACGCAGGUGGCGGCGUCCGAGGUGCUGCAGGAGGCCCUCGCCGCCAGCGCGCUGCACUGCAUGAGGAACACGGCCAAUGCGGCGCUCGUGAGGGGCGAGAUUGCCAAGCGAGUUGUCCGGCUCAUCGGUUCCAUCCGGCACGCCGUUACUUGUGCGUCUGAGUCUGAGUCUGCGUCUGCGGCGGCAACGGCAGCGGGGACAGCGCUGGACCUGUUGCCGGCGCUGCAGGCGCUCGUGGUGUACCAGUGCAUCCGCUUCUUCUCACGGGAUGACGCCGGCGAGAGGAUGCGCGCGGAGAGGGACGAGGCCAUUGUGCAGUCGCUGCUGGCGGCCCUGUAUCCGCGCAUGCGGUCCUUCUCCAAGACGAUGGACAGCUGGGCGUCGUGGAUCUACCACGAGAGCAUGCGGCGCACGGUGCUCACGGCGGAGAUGCUGGCGGGCACGUACAGCUUCCUGAAGCAGGGCUGGGACCAGGCGGACGCGCGCGCGCUGCAGCUCACGUUCACGGCGCAGGCGGCGCUGUGGGAGGCCCGGACGGCGGUGGAAUGGGCGGCCAUGUGGGCGCGCGGCCCGCGGCUGCAGGUGACGGUGCGGACGUUUCCGGAGGACGCGAGGGCCGCGCUGCCGGAGGACAUGGAGGACUUGGGGAUGGUGCUGUGGGCGCUGCAUCGCGGGCUGGAGGAGAUGGAGAGGUGGAUGGGGAGGCGGAAGCCUGUGCUGGUGAGAUGGGGGCUGAGGCCGGAGUGA